AUGGUGGAAACACAGACAAUAGAUGAUAUCGCUGUCUACGAACUUCAUAGUGGUACUGGAGAGGGUGCAGAUAUGGUAUUUGGAUUCAAUGGCUCUUUAAUUUCCGUCUCCAUAUUUCCUAGCAACGGAUCGUCUUCAAAAGAGACCCAAGAACACAAAGAUCGCCCUCUACAGGACCAUUUUAUUGAUCUCAUAGAGAAAGCUACCGCAUGUCAGGACGACGGCGAGUAUGAGGAGCUUGUGGAUGAGGUCCUUGCUGUGAUUCUUGACGCUGGGAGACCUCUUUUCCAUCAGCUGAUAUCUUCGCAAGAUCAACAGGCUUCGAGGAAAUCUCUCCAUCAUUACCUAUUUCCUCCUUCCUUCCACUUCAGUUUGGAGGCCCCUGCUCCCGCAAGCAGUGUCUCUCUCAAAACUAUCGACUCCAGCGAAGCAUGUACCGCUCUUACCGUCGAUCCUGUCUUUGACCAAAGCAUAGACGAAGAUUUAGAACUCAACCCCGAUAUACCUCGUUUUACGCCCGAGGAUAUCUCUGUGACUGAGGUCUUUAUACAUGGUUCUGGUACUAUUACGGCUGCCGUUCGAGUGCAAGGUCAAGAAAUGUUCUGCAAGUCGCGUGGCAGAGCAGGCGGACUCUUUGGUACUAGCGAGGCGCGAGAACUCAAAUGUCUUAGUGAGAUGCUCAAAGCCAUCCCAACAGAAACAAUAAAGGUUCCCCAGCUUCUCGGCUACAUCCAACACAAAGACACCCAGCAGAUCCUGGGAUUCCUUCGGCAGUGGGUGCCUGGAUGCAGACUUAGCGAUGUCGUUGCAGCUGCUACAGCUGAGAAACGACAGAAAUGGGCAUGCCAGAUCCGCCAAUCUAUAGAGCUCCUCCAUCAGAAUGGAUUGAUAUGGGGAGAUGGAAAGCCUAGCAACAUCAUCAUCGACGAGCAAGACAAUGCCUGGCUGAUUGAUUUCGGGGGCGGGUAUACACGAGGAUGGAUUGACGAGGAGCUAGCUGAAACAAGACAAGGAGAUGAGCAAGCCUUGCAAAAGAUCAUUGAAUUGCUAAGCGGAGGCGAGGAUAUGUCUUCAGACCCAUAG